AUGGCGUCGCAAAAGGUCGCCGCUGCCUUGUCAGCUAUCGAAUCGGUUACACAUCAACCCACCAAGCUCGAACAGUACAAUAACCUCCUCUCGGAUAUCGUGUCCAGCUCCGCUGGCGACGAGCUUGCUCAAGAUAUUGUCUACUACCUUGAUUCGGUCCUGAACGAAGAUUUGAGCAUCGGAGCAACCCGCCCCCUCCUCGAUUCCUUUAUUGCUUUCCUUCAGAAAUUCGACCCCGAGGUUCAGAUCAAGACCGGACAACAUGCCGUGACAUUGCUUCAAUCUCGCGCGACUUCGGUAGAAGAACAAGACUCACAGAUCCGUGAAAUCUUGGCCAGUGCAUACGAGUCACAGGAGGAGUACAGUGCGGCCGCGCGAGCUCUCUCGGGGAUUAAUAUCGACAGCUCUCAACGCCUGGUAUCUGAUACGGCUAAAGCUAGGCUCUGGAUCCGGAUCGUACGUUACUACCUAGAGGAUGACGAUACAACGAGUGCGGAAGGCUUUUUGAAUCGCAUCAAGAAUCUGCCAAGCAAACUCGAGGAACACGACCUCAAGCUGUACUUCCAGCUUUCGCAAGCUCGAAUUCUCGAUGCCCGCCGAAAGUUUCUUGAUGCUGCACAAGAGUACUUCAAUGUUAGUUUGGCUGUGGGUGUUGAUGAGAAUGAUCGACUCGCCGCAUUAUCGGCCGCGAUCAGGUGUGCAGUCCUGGCUCCCGCGGGUCCACAGCGAUCACGUUUUCUCUCCCGACUCUACAAAGAUGAGCGUGCAUCAUCGGUUGAUGAGUUCGCCAUCCUGGAGAAAAUGUUUCUUGACCGGCUGCUCAACGCUGACGAGGUCACUGCUUUUUCACAAAAACUUGCUCCACAUCAACUGGCCGUGACAGCGGACGGCUCUACGGUUCUUGAUAAGGCCGUUAUCGAGCAUAAUCUGGUCGCGGCCAGUAAGCUUUACAACAAUAUUCGGAUCGAUGCGCUUGGUGCCAUUCUGGGUCUGAAAUCAUCUGGCGAUUUCUCUGCGGGCGAGAAAGCGGAGGCUUACGCCGCACAAAUGGUUCAGCAAGGCCGCCUCCGUGGCCGAAUCGACCAAAUCGACGGGAUCAUUUCAUUUGAUACGGAGCUCUCAGGUGGCUCCGGUGCCAACGGGGCAAGUUUGCGACAAUGGGAUCAGGGAGUACAAGAGCUCGCCGAAAAUGUUGAGCGUGUCGCGAGUACCAUCACUGAUCAGUUCCCGGUGAGUCCAUAA